AUGCCGGAGGCAGUAGUAGCCAAGAGGUCGAGGGCGGAGAAGAACGCAGCGAGACGAAAACGCAAGAGAGAUGCUUCUGCCGCCGCCGCUGCUGCCGCCGCUCCGGCCACACAUGAUCCCGCCGCUGUACCGGCACCGCAAGCCGCCAGUGGCAGCAGCACCGCCGACAGGGCCUCGCGCAGAGAAGGAAAGCACGGCGUCACCACGAAGAAGCAGCGGCUGGCCGUCUCCUUCGAUGAUACGGGAUCAACAGCGCCAACAGCGGCAGCAGGAGCAGCACGAGGAGAAAUAGUACCAGACGGCCAUCGCAUAGAGCCUACCGGUGUGGCUAGUUCUCCGAGCGAGUGCCGCUCCCGCCAAGGUUCUACGACAGUGGCACGAGGCGGUGACAGCAACGGCAGCGGGGGUACGAGAAAAGACGAGGAGGCGCGCUCGCUGUCCAAGGCCUUGGAGAGCGCGAGGAAGAAGCACCGCCAGGAAAUCGGGAGCGGCAGGCCGCUCGUGGGCUGGGACGUGGCCGCCUACGCGGGUUUCGUUUUCGGAGAGCUGGCGGCGGCGGUGUGCAGCGGGCAGGGCGAGGAGGAGGAAGAAGACGGAGGCGCGGUUGCGGGUGCGGUGGACGCUGUGUCUGCCGCUGCCGAGGAGGAGCACGCGGGGCAGGUGAGCAUGUCCCAGUUCGAGGGGCUAGUCCGCAAAGAGGCCGCCGGUUUUUCGGCCAGGCGUCGGGCGGCUUCCCUGCUAAGGCGGGCGCUGGAAGAAGAGCAAGAAGGGAACCUGGAUGCCGCUGAGGCUGGCUGCGCGGCGUGCCUUUCCGCUUGGCCGCGCUGCGCGAGCGGCCACCUGAAGAUGGCGAAGAUUCUUAGGGCCCGCGGCGUAUCGCAUCAGCGUGCGAUAAAGGACGUGGAGUUUCACCUUCGACAGGCGUUAGGGUCCGCCUCAAAGCCGGGGGGCGGGGACCAGGGAGAGGAGGUUGCUCAAGCCGCGGCCGAACGACUGUCUCUCCUGCUGUGCCAGGAGGGACGCAAUAAGGAAGCCGCCAAAGUUCUAAAACGGCACGGUUUCAGGUACCGUCUCUCGGCGGACGUGCUCCGAUACCCGCUGCCGCCCCAGGCGAAACCGCCAACGGCGGUCGAGGAGUCAGGCAACGGCCACACCCUCGCGAAAAAAUCAUCGCCGGAAGCGCGUAAGGACUCGAAAGCAGAGGGGGGGAGGAGGAGCGACGGGAAGGGGGACAGUGGCGGUGACGACGCUUCGGAGUUUGUGGCGGCGGUGGACGGGGCGUUGCCGCCGGGGAUGCUCCGCCACUUGCAGGAGGCGUUCGGCAGCCGGUCAAGGUUCUGGAGCGAGCACGGGUACAACAGCGAGACCGGCUCUCCUGGCUACUUCAGCUACAUACACCGCCUGGGCGGGGCGCCGACCACGAGCAUCGAGCAGGUGAUCAACCGCGUGAGGUUGUUGGCGGAGCGGAGCUUUCCCGAGGUGAAGGAGGCCAAGUUCGUGGAGUGGUGGGCGCACCGCCGGCCACACUCCAGCGGGCACCAGAUGCACUUCGACUCCGACAACGAGGGAUUGGGCGGGGUCCGCAAUCCGAUCGUCAGCGUGGUGGUGUACGUGACCGGGGACGUGGGAGGCCCGACCCUCGUCACGACGCAGAGGCUAACCUCCAAGCGGCUGGCCGACCGGGGCUGGAUCGUCCACCCCAGAGUCAACCGCGUGUGCAUGUUCGACGGCGGGGUGCUGCACGGGGUCAUCCCGGGCCGCGGCGUGCCGGUCACGGAGACCCCCACCCACCCAACGCCUCCCCCAGAGGAGGACGGUCAGGGGGUGGGAUGCGAGGAAGUCAAGGAGGAUCGGGCGGGCAUGCGGGUGACGUGGAUGGUGGCCUUCUGGCGCGACAUACAGGCCCGUCCCCCACCAUCACAGCAGUCUCCGGCGCCAACAGCAACAACACCCGCCGAAGAAAAGACAGCCAGCACGCGAGGAGAGGCCGGGAUCAGGCGUCGCCAGCCGCCGCCUUCGGGAGCCGGGGCCGCGCAGCCGUUCCCGGCGAUGCCUCCCCUGGCUAGUGGAAACCCAAACGGCGGGCGACGCUGCUCCUCCGCCGCCGUCGCCGGCCCUUCCUGGCCGGCGCUUUUCCGGAAGAAGCCGGAGGGCUGGGACGAGGAUACGGCGGGGGUAGACGGUGGCGGUGGUGCUAGGGAGGUCCCUGUGGUGCCCGUGGCAGUCCCGCACGUUUGGGAGGAUGUGGACCCGGCCGACAACAAGCGCGCCGGGGUUGGGGUCCGGCGGCUGAAGCGGCUCCCGGAGUACGACUUGUGUUUUCAGGGGUUUUGA